UUGCAACUGUCAUACCGUCAUGAUUGUAUCGUCAGUGACAAUCGUGCGGAGCAGUGUGGAGUGACUUGGAUAAUCGUUCGAGGUUUACGUGUUGAUUGAUCAAAAAAGCAAACUGCACGAGUAAUGGAUAAGCCACCGUACAAAUUGAGCAGCGUGCUACUCGGGCACACAGAAGAUGUGAGAGCAGUGGCGUCUUUCGCCGACGGCACCGUCGUGUCUGCCUCUCGGGACAAGACAGCGCGUGUAUGGAAGCCGACCGGAAAAGCAAACAAGUACGAACAGAGUGCAAUAUUAGUAGGCCAUACUAAUUUUGUUAGUUCGGUCUGUGUUUUAAAUCCAUCAAAGAAGAAUCCUAAAGGUUACAUUAUUACUGGAAGUAACGACAAUACCAUAUGUGUUUACACAGCGGAUGAAACAGAACCAAUACACAGAAUAACCAGGCAUCAAAAUGCUGUGUGUCAUUUAAGAGCUGGAAAACAGGAAGAUACAUUUCUUUCAAGUUCAUGGGAUCUUACUGCCAAGUUGUGGGAUAUAAAUGAUUUGAGUAAACCACAAGUGAAUCUUGUGGGUCAUACUGCUGCAGUAUGGUGUAUAGCAGAUUUAUUGAAUGGUAGUAUAGUGACUGGUUCAGCCGACAAGUUAGUAAUUAUUUGGACAAGAAAUGGUUCUGUACAACACAAACUGACAGGACAUACAGACUGUGUUCGCGACAUAGUUGAUAUUAAAGAGGAUGAGUUUCUGACUUGCGCAAACGACGCUACUAUAAGACACUGGAACGCCAAACUUGGAACCUGUUUAGGCACUUAUUGUGGUCAUGAGAAUUAUAUCUAUAGCAUAAGUGCUGUACCAAAUGGUACGUAUGUCUAUUCAUCCGGAGAGGAUAGAACCGUUAGAAUAUGGUACAAUGCGGAACUGAGUCAGACCAUUGUUUUACCAACGCAAUCCAUAUGGUGCAUCGACCUAUUUCCAAAUGGAGACAUAGUUGUUGGAAGCUCAGAUGGAGUUGUCAGAAUAUUUUCCUGCAAUCCCGAACGAUACGCGAAUGCAGAGAUGCUGCAGGCAUUUGAGAAGGAAGUGGCAAGUACUACUCUGAAUGCUCAACAGGUGAUUGGAGAUAUUAACAUAAAAGAUUUACCAGAUUCAAGAGUUCUUCUACAACCUGGCCAGAGAGAUGGACAAACAAAAAUCGUAAAUGAAGGGGAUGCAGUGAGAGCAUACAGUUGGUCACAGAACGAGCAACGAUGGAUAAAGAUCGGCGAUGUGAUGGGAGCAUCUGGUGGUACCGCCGCUACUUCCGGAAAGCAACUGUACAAUGGCAUAGAAUAUGAUUAUGUUUUUUCGGUCGACAUACAAGAUGGUGUGCCACCUUUGAAACUUCCAUAUAAUAAAGGUCAAGAUCCCUGGCACGUUGCACAGAAGUUUCUUCAUGACAAUAAUCUCAGCCAGUUAUUUUUAGAUCAAGUUGCAAAUUUUAUAGUAAAGAAUUCUGAGCCAGCACCAGUUGUGAGUACUGGAUCUCAAUAUGUAGAUCCUUUUACAGGCGGAAGUAGAUAUGUUCCUGGAUCAGGAACGUCGUCCAGUACGCUCGAUGUUACUGUACAACCAUCGUUUAGCUCUUCCAAUGUAUCUUCAUCUCCCUCCUAUAUACCUCAAUUGAAAUAUUUAAAAUUGGAACAGGCAAAUUGGUCUGCUAUUUUCGGUAAUAAUCACAUUUAA